AAACGGUAAAUUUUAUAUCUAGUCAAGUUGUGAUGAAUUGAGUGUUUUAACUUACGUUAACCAUGGCUGAAAAGUUAAAUGAAUACCAAGGUAUAACAGGAAGACUGCAUUGUGCUAAAGAUAAUUGUCGUGAAAGAUUUGUACAGUGGAAGGAGGAACAUCCUCGAGGCAUCAGGGAGGUGUUCCGGGAGACGUUCUUCGGUAUACCCUCGUCUGAAGAUGCGCCAGAACGAGUGACCCAAGAUGGCGAGGGUGGAGACUAUAGCGAUUUAUACAGACGAAAAAGCCGGAUAGAACUUAUGAGAAUAUCAGCUGCGGUGAUGGGCAUUGAGUUCUCAUACGCCGGGGAGACAGCCUUCGUGUCGCCUACGUUGCUGCAGAUAGGCGUGCCGCACCAACAGAUGACGUUGGUGUGGGCACUCUCUCCCAUGAUCGGCUUCUUCAUGACACCACUCCUCGGCUCGUUAAGCGACAGAUGCAACUCCAGGUUCGGGAGGAGAAGACCCUUCAUUGUUCUAAUGUCAUUUGGAGUGUUAUUAGGUCUGUUACUAGUGCCUAAUGGGGAAUCAAUAGGUUACGCUCUGGGAGACCAGGGCACUAUCAAUAGGACUGAAGUCCCCGCGGUGUUGGGGCCUCGGAGCUCAGUCCUGGAUAAUCCUGGCACCAGUCACCACCCUUGGGGUGUGUUCUUCACAGUCCUGGGUACUGUGUUUUUGGACUUCGAUGCUGAUGCAUGUCAGAGCCCUGCGAGGGCCUAUCUUCUCGACGUAACUGUUCCAGAGGACCAUGCGAGAGGACUAAGCACCUUUACGAUAAUGGCUGGAUUAGGAGGUUUUAUGGGAUAUGCUUUAGGUGGAAUAAAUUGGGAUGAAACUACAUUAGGAGCCAUCUUCGGUGGGCAUGUGAGGGCGGUGUUUUCUCUCAUUACUAUUAUCUUCAUCGCGUGCGUGUCUGCCACUGUGACCAGCUUCAAAGAGAUCCCACUGAAUGAGUUGCACGGUAACGAAGAGCUCAGAAAGCCAGCACAGUGUGAACGCUUGCGGGAGAGUUUUGACGCAGGUGACGAGGAUGUUGAGAAAAAUGGCUUGAAGGUGGAAAAUACUUCAUACGGUGCUUUGAAUCAACCAGAAGAAGAAAUUACCAAUAUAACACUAAAUGUUCCGGAGCUCCCACACGAUGGUGAACCUCUGUCAUUGCGACAUUACCUGAAGUCUAUAGUGGUGAUGCCAAAUUCACUGCGCGUGGUCUGUUUAACGAAUCUGUUUUGCUGGAUGGCACACGUUUGUUAUUCACUCUACUUCACGGACUUUGUAGGCGAGGCUGUGUUCGGUGGAAAUCCUGCUGCGCCUGUGGGCAGUCCGAGCAGAGUAGAGUACGAGGCCGGAGUUCGAUUCGGUUGCUGGGGCAUGGCGAUGUAUUCGCUCUCAUGCGCUUGUUAUUCAACUAUCAUUGAAAAACUCAUAAAAAGACUUGGGGCGAAGAAGGUUUAUGUCGGCGGUCUGUGCACGUACAGCUGCGGCAUGAUGCUACUGAGUCUGCUGCGAGCUCGCGCCGCUGUAAUCCUCUUUAGCUGGACGGCAGGCGUCAUGUACUCCACACUCUUCACCAUGCCGUAUCUCUUGGUAGCGCAUUACCAUGCAACGGGAAUGUGGGACAGUGCGGGCGGUGGUAGCGGUGAGGAGCGCGGCAUCGGGACUGAUGUGGCAGUGGUGAGCAGCUGCGUGUUCGUGGCGCAGCUGUUGGUGAGCUUCAUCAUGGGGUUUGCGGUGAAGGCGAUGGGGUCUACCGCAGCGGUGGUUACUGUCGCCGCCAUACUGGCCGGUGCCGCUGCCUUCACUGCGACUAAGAUUACGUACCUCGAUCUGUAAUAUUGAUCUGUUGU